GAGAGGGAAAAAAGCAGGCAUUUACUGCAUUAAGCCAAUGAGCAGAAUUCCAAACUCCAAAAAGACAAAGGCAGAAAACCACAGAAAGAGAAAGGAAGGAAAGAAGAAAGAAACGAAGCAGAAAAAAGAAAUUCAAAGUCAGAUAUUGAUAUUCAAACAGUUGGUGCUCUCUCUCUGCUCUAUUUCCACACAUGCCGCUAAUUCCCAUUUCCCACGCUUCUUUAACUCUCGUGUUCCUCAAAAUCAUAUUUAUCAAAUCUUUUCUCCUUUCUCAAUCCUAACCCAUCACUCAAUUUUAUAUAUAUAGCUCAUUUUUAGCUGCAAGAAAAGUCUCCACUCUUUCCCUGUCCUUCAAUUUCCCUCUUCUUGAGCCCCGUGAUUGAAAAAUUCUGUUGGAAAGGAGAGAUUUUUUCAUAACCCAUCUGGGUUUUCGUAUUUGAUUAAUGUUUGGGUGGUGGGGUUUUUCUGUAAGAUUUUUUUGAGCUAAUUAGGAAAGACUGUGUUUUUUUAGUACAGAUGGUGUUGAAGUUAUUGGUUGGUUUAUUCCAUGUUUACUUGCUUUGCUGUUCUUAUGGGUUUUGGGCUGUUGGAGGGGUUUUAACUUCAAGGAAGCUGAAUUCAAAUGCGUCUGGUUUGUUUGGUAUUGAAUUACCUGAUUAUUCAAGCUUCAAUGCCGUCGAUUCUUCUGCAAAUUCAGGCUGCAACGAUUUCUCCGAAACACAGAGAACAGCAUCUCUGAAUUCGGGUUCCAAGGAAGGAAGUAAUGUUAAUCACAAAGAAUUCCAUCAUGAUGAUGAUGAUGAUGAUGAUGAAGAUGUUUCAAAUGGGUCGGAAAAUCAGAAUAAACCCACGGUCAAACUUCAUCUGAAACACAGAUCGGACGGCGAAGAUACCAAGUCAAAGAAGGACUCUGUUUUGGAGUCAACGUUCAGGGAUAUGAUCAGGAUUCAGACUCUGCACAAAAGAAUUGUUGAGAAGAAAAAUCAAAACUCCAUUUCCAGGCAAUCACGGAGGAAUCUCAAGCAAGUGGUGUCAACUCCGGUGGCUGCCUCGCCGGAAAGCAAUGAAUUUUCCGGUCAUCUUACGGCAACUUUGCAGUCAGGGGUGAGUCUGGGUUCAGGGGAAUAUUUCAUGGAUGUUUUUGUGGGUACACCUCCAAAGCAUUAUUCAUUGAUUCUUGACACGGGAAGUGAUCUGAAUUGGAUUCAAUGCGUUCCCUGCUACGAUUGUUUCGAACAAAAUGGCUCGUUUUAUGAUCCAAAGGAUUCAACCACUUUCCGAAACAUAAGCUGCCAUGAUCCUAGGUGCCAACUGGUUUCAUCCCCUGAUCCUCCUCAACCUUGCAAGUCCGAGAAUCAAACCUGUCCGUACUACUACUGGUACGGAGACAGCUCCAACACCACCGGCGAUUUCGCCCUCGAAACCUUCACCGUUAACCUCACCAAUCCGUCCUCCGGGAAGUCGGAAUUCAAGACGGUCGAAAACGUCAUGUUCGGUUGUGGGCAUUGGAACAGAGGACUAUUUCAUGGUGCUGCUGGAUUAUUAGGCCUAGGAAGAGGUCCACUUUCGUUUUCUUCACAGCUUCAAUCCCUAUACGGACAUUCUUUUUCGUAUUGCUUAGUGGACAGAAACAGCGAUUCCAGUGUCACAAGCAAGUUGAUUUUCGGGGAAGAUGAAGAUUUGCUGAGCCAUCCUGAUUUGAAUUUCACCGCAUUAGUCUCGGCUGGCAAGAAGGAAGACAGCACUAAUCAAGUUGACACAUUUUAUUACGUCCAAAUCAAGUCGAUUUUGGUCGACAACGAGGCGUUAAACAUCCCGGAAGACACAUUCAAAUUGAGCCCGGAAGGCGCCGGAGGGACCAUCAUCGAUUCCGGUACCACAUUGAGUUAUUUCGCCGAUCCGGCUUACAAGAUCAUCAAGGACGCGUUCAUCAAGAAAAUCAAGAAAUACCAACUCAUUGAGGAUUUCCCAAUUCUGGCGCCGUGUUACAACGUUUCUGUAAUUGAUCAGAAUCUGGAUUUGCCUUCAUUUGGGAUCCAAUUCAGUGAUGGGGCGACCUGGAAUUUCCCGGUUGAGAACUAUUUCAUCAAGCUGGUGCCGGAGGAAGUUGUGUGCUUGGCGAUUUUGGGGACUCCAUCUUCUGGUUUGUCAAUAAUUGGGAAUUACCAACAGCAAAAUUUUCAUAUUUUGUAUGAUACCAGACAGUCUAGACUAGGAUACGCUCCAACUAAAUGUUCUGAAAUGUAAAAUAGAAACAGAAGUUGAUAGUUGUAAUUUUUUUGUUUGUGAUUUUUAAAAAAUUUUUGGGGUAACUAAACUGUACACAAAAAUGGGUAGAUUUUGUUUAUUAUUAUUAUUUUUCUUUAUUGAAUUAAUACAAAAAUAUUGAAUUGAUCAACUACUUCUGUUUGUAAUUUUAUGAGAUGUUGAAUUGAGUUGACCGUUUCAUUUUGUCACAGAGAAAUAAAGUAGUAGUACUAGUAGAUUAGCAGUAGUUAGCCGUCCGCUGGUAUAAUUAUAAUUUUCUUUCAUAUGAACAAUGUUCAUGCAUCCUCAG